CAGUCGGCCAUUUUUCAAGUGAAUGGCUACGUGAGACGCAUCGUGCUAGGUCGGCUAAAUUUCUGAGUCAUUUUUGUCCCUCACAACGCAGGACCAGAACACCGGGCUUACAAGCCUUUUGUCAUCGCCAGGGUCUGCUCAUAAGACGCAGCCAUGCCUCAGAAUGAGUAUAUGGAGCGGCACCGCAAGCUGCAUGGGCGGCGGCUUGACCACGAGGAGCGCACGCGAAAGCGCGCGGCCCGUGAGCCCCACAAGCGGGCGCAGGAGGCACGCAAGUUGCGCGGCCUGAAGGCCAAGCUUGCCAAUAAGGCGCGCGCGAACGAGAAGAUCCAGAUGAAGAAAAAGAUCAAGGCACACGAGGAGAAGCUUACGCCAAAGCAAAAGGAAGGCAAGGUGUCUGAAGGGGCGCUACCAGUCUACCUGCUGGACAGGGACGUGACCUCGAGGGCCAAGGUCCUCUCGAACAUGAUUAAACAGAAGCGGAAGGAGAAAGCUGGCAAAUGGGAUGUGCCCAUUCCGAAGGUGAAGGCACAGUCAGACAGCGAGGUCUUCAGGGUGCUCAGGUCGGGCAAGACCAAGCGGAAGGGAUGGAAGCGUAUGGUUACCAAGGUUACCUUCGUUGGCGAGAAUUUCACUCGUAAGCCGCCCAAGUUUGAGCGAUUCAUCCGCCCCAUGGCGCUCAGGUUCAAGAAGGCGCACGUGACACACCCUGAGCUCAAGGCUACCUUCCAACUGCCCAUCAUCGGGGUGAAGCGGAACCCAAGUAGCCCCAUGUACACUUCGCUCGGCGUAAUUACUAAGGGCACGGUCAUCGAGGUCAACGUCAGCGAGCUUGGCCUGGUCACAUCACAGGGCGGCAAGGUUGUCUGGGGAAAGUACGCGCAGGUCACCAACCACCCUGAAAACGAUGGAUGUAUCAAUGCCGUUCUCUUAGUUUAAGAUCUCAUUUAACUUAAAAUAUAAAAAAUAAAAUCGAAAGUUUUUGCUAAA